AUGCCUUCUCUCCGGGGUGCGCUGUUGGCCACGACCACUCUCUUAUCACUGUGCCGAGCUAUGAUUUUACCCAACGAGCUUCGUUCAUUAGAAGAUUUACAAGAUCUACAUAAACGUUGCAAUAACCCUUGUGGAAGUGGCGGCUGGCUAUGCUGUCCCGACGACACUACUUGUUAUACCGACUCUGAAGACAAGGCACAAUGCGCUUCGGGCGGAUAUAUUACUUCGACCUACGUUUUGACCAAUCUUCAGACCGUCACCACGACAAUCGCAAUAGGUGCAGCACAGACAGGAUCAAGCUGCAAGUGGUCAAUAGGCGAGACUUCGUGCGGCAGCACGUGCUGCAACUCACAAGAGUUCUGCGCGUCACAAGAGAACAGCAUUUGCCAGGACAAUGGUGCCGGGAGCUCCGGAUACUACAGCAGCUUGCGCACUGUUACGACAAUUAUCACCAAUACUGCGGCAGUCGGUACUGCAAGUCAGCCUUUUCUGCCCACCAGCAACACAGUCGUCACUGUGACUGCUACAGGUACAGCGGGAGAACUUACGACCACGCGGGGGUUUAUCGCACCAACCAGCACGAUCAUCUCUGAGUCGAGUGGCGGUGGUGGCGGCGGUCUGAGUGGUGGCGCCAUUGCUGGUAUUGUCAUUGGUGUCCUUGCUGCUAUCAUCAUCCUGAUCUUGAUCUGUCUGUGCUGCUGCGCCAAAGGCAUAUUGGACACCAUUCUCGGUAUUUUUGGAUUGGGGGAUCGGAAAAGACGACGAACAGAAGAGGUUGAGGUCUAUGAGAGCCGACAUCACCAUGGUAGCCGACGAGGCAGAUCGGCGUCGGCUGCUGGCCGACGAACAUGGUUCGGCACCAAGCCCAGGCGGAGUACCUCGGUCGUGGAAGAGAAGAAGAGUAGCGGAUGGGGACGAGCAGUAGGUGUGACAGCUGGACUUGCUGGUCUUGCCGCCUUCUUGGGAUUGAAGCGAAGGAGGGACAGGAAGGACCACAAGAGUGAGGUUAGCUAUGGCAGCUCUUACUACUCCGACUACACAAGCAGUGAGUUCACUCCCAACAUAAUCACUAAAUUCAAUACUGACUGA